AUGGGCACUGAAGAAAUUAAGAAAUCAAAUUCUGAUAUUGCCAUCUCCCACUCUGAUCUCUCCAGAUCUCUCUCGUCUUCUAGGAAAGCGUGCGAUGACGACUACAGCGAAUACUCCCACUCUUAUACCCAGGAUAAGGGCAAAGGCAGGCUGAGAUCUGAAGAGGAUAACGUUGUUGGCGAGGAGGACAGCAGGACUCUCUGUUUGCGCCACAAGAAUAUGGCUGAUGAGGGCGCAUCGGCUGAGCUACAGCAAGCACUCGAUGAGCUACCCCUAAACCAGCGCUCAGCCGUCACUUCCAUAUGGUCCUCGUUUUCUGCAGCCAGCAGUCCUCUCCGCGUGCUCAUCCUCAAAGGUAUCCUCCAAACAUGCUGUUUCUCUCAACUCAGCUAUCUCUACGAGGAGCUAGGCAAUCUUAUUAGAAUUGACCCUUUCAUGCUCCUUCCACGAGAACUCAAUCUCAAAAUUAUGGGCUAUCUAGACGCUAUUUCCCUCGCUAGAGCUGCACAAGUCAGUCGCAGCUGGAAGAACCUCGCAGAUGACGAUCUCCUCUGGCGUAACAUGUGUGAGCAGCAUAUCGAGCGCAAGUGCGAGAAGUGCGGUUGGGGGUUACCUCUCCUCGAGAAGAGACGCAAAUUGCAGAAGGAGCCAAGUACCAAGGUGGGUAGUGCCAAGAGAGCUUUACUAGCGAGCCACACGGCCCAUUUGGCGAUGCAUGAUGGUACAGGGGGUGCACCGGGUGCAUCAGCCACAUCAGCCACCCCAAACCCAUUUGACACAAUAGACACAAUCAACACCAUGGACGUCGAUGACCGACCCGUAAAGCGACACAGAUCAGCGCGUACAUCGCCGACGCACUCCACUUCAAUCUCACCCACACUCUCACCAUCGCGCUCAGCAUCGCCGAUGAAUACCAUCCGGCAGAAAGCGUCGAAUAUGACAGUUAGUCCGAGCAGCAGCAGCGGGGUCGGUGGCACAUGCAAGCCACUGACGCGACCUUGGAAAGCGGUUUACACGGAGCGACUACUGAUUGAGCGCAAUUGGCGUCGGGGCACACACACGGUGCAAACACUUUCCGGUCACACUGAGGGAGUGAUGUGUCUGCAGUUUGACGAACAUGCUCACCCCGCCCCGACACUUAUCACAGGCUCAUACGACCGCACAGCGCGCGUGUGGAAUCUCGAUACAGGUGCACAGGUAGGCGUGCUGCGCGGACAUACGCGCGGUAUACGCACACUCAAAUUCGACGAAGCUAAGUUGAUAACGGGGAGUAUGGACAGGACGCUCAAAAUAUGGAAUUGGAGGAAUGGAGAGUGUAUACGUACUUUAGAAGGUCAUAGAGAGGGAGUAGUUUGUCUCGAUUUCGAUAAAACUGUUCUUGCUUCGGGGUCCGCGGAUGCUACUGUGAAAGUUUGGCGAUUCAAGACUGCUGAGUGCUUCACACUGCGCGGGCACCGCGAUUGGGUUAAUAGCGUGCAGAUCUGGGAUGGGAUGGUGUCCAGUUCCAGCUCAAUUUCAGGCUCGGAACAGCUCCGCGAGGCGCAGAAAAUCCUCUUCAGCGCAUCGGAUGACGGAUCCAUCAAAAUGUGGAGCCUUGGCAGCCGCGAGUGCAUCAGAAGCUUCGACAGCCAUGUUGGGCAGGUACAAGACAUCAAGAUGAUACUUGUUGAUUCCAAGACGCUCGAGGUGGCGCAGACGGAGCAUGAGGAAGGUGGAGCGCCGAAACUGCAGCGCGUGCUCGACAGUAGUAAUGGUGUUGGUGGUAGUGGUGGGAAUAUUAAUCGCGGUGCACAAGGUCCGUCUGCUUCUCACAAUACCAACAACCUCGUCGAGUCGAGCCAGAGCAGUGUAGACAAGAUACUCGGCGAUACUUCUGCAUCUCACGAAACAGUGCCGAUGCUGGUAAGCGGCGCACUCGAUAACACGGUCAAAGUAUGGGAUGUGAAUACUGGGCGGUGUGCACGCACGCUAUUCGGUCAUAUAGAGGGGAUCUGGUCCAUCGACGCUGAUCGAUUGCGUAUCGUCUCCACGUCUCACGAUCGUACUGUCAAGGUGUGGGAUACAGAUACUGGGAGAUGCUUGGCAACGUUGGUCGGCCACGCGGGCGCUGUCACCGCUGUGCAGCUCAGCGGAGAUAAGAUCGUCACCGCGGGAGAUGACCGCGAUAUACGUAUCUAUUCUUUCACUUGA